AUGUCCGAUGAAGUUUUUAAAGUGAGCAGAAAAGAGGAAAAUAGGCCCGAAAUGAGAGAACCACGAUUUUCAGGCAUUCAUCGGUGGACUUCCGUUCGACUCGCUCGCCAGCGAUGUCGAAGCAUGUCUGAAAUACGCUGAUUUCAACGAAGAUGAUGUAAAUUCCAAAAAUUACGAGAAAAAUUGUAAAUUUUCAAAAUUUCAGUUCAAAAAUAUGGACAUUCAUCUGGUGCGCGACAGAGACACUGGCGACUUCAAAGGAUUCGCCUACGUGACUUUCAAGACCGAAGAGGAGCUCGAAAGAGCCAUCAGGAGCCUGAAUGACGUCUCGUACGGAAAUCGCGUGCUCAAAGUGAACCGUGCUCAGCAGAGAGAUCGCGGAGGCCGCGGAGGAGGUGAGAAAUUGCCAAAAUUGUCAUCAAACAAUCUGAACAUUCUCAUAAAACUGUCGUAUUUCAAGAUUUUGAGCAAUUUUCGUGUAAAAUGAGCUGAAGAUCAACAAAAUAACUGAAUUCCACUCAAGACUUUGUAUUUUUUGCAGGCCGUGGUGGUUUCGGCGGCGAUCGUGACCGUGGAGGCCGUGGAGGCGGCGGCGGCGGAUUCCGUCGUGGCGGAGAUCGUGGCGGACACCGCGGAGGCGACCGCUUCAACAACGACGGCGGAAACCGCGGCGGAUGGCAGCAGGUCGGCGGCAACCACAAGGGCGGAUACCGAAAUCGCAAGGAGAGCGAGGAUCAGCACGAGGAGCGCCGUCCAGGUCAUCGUCAAUCGGAGGAUGGUCCAGAAGGCGCGUCGGCCGCAGGACCGCCGGCCGAACGCCCACGUCUGAAUCUGAAGCCCCGCACGACGGACACUGCUGAAAUUGAAGCGCGCCAGAAGAGAGAGGAGGAGGAGACGAAGAGACGUCAGGAGAAGCUGUUCGGAUAG